AUGUCUCUAGUGCGCACGUUCUAUGAUUCCUUCACCGAGUUCGACAAACUAUUUGACGAUGCUUUCAAUGCUCGUUUUCGUCCCUCUCCUGCAAUCGAGGGCAAUACUACCUUGACUCAACGCCGUGAUCGGGCGUUUCCCAGAAUGGACCUACACGAGAACACCGAGACCAAGACAGUGACUGCGUCAUUCGAACUUCCUGGUAUCAAACAACAGGAUGUCAACAUCGAAGUCCAUGGAAACCGGCUGACCGUAUCCGGUGAGUCGAAGCGCUCGGAGAACUAUGAAAAGGGCGGCUACGCAGUGCAGGAGCGCUCGUAUGGCAAGUUCUCCAGGACCCUUCAGAUUCCUCAGGGAAUCCAGGCUGAGGAUAUUCACGCGAAGAUGGAGAAUGGAGUGCUCACUGUGUGCUUUCCGAAGGCUGGACCGGACCAGCAACCCCAGCGGGUUGCGAUCGCGUGA